UGGAUGUGCAAGAUCCGGCCAUAUUUAUAUUGUUCGAAUUAAGUUAGAGCAAUUAAGUAACGAAGCUUGCCCAGUUGCAGCUGUUCAGAGUGCAAUUUCUGCAAUGCAGCACACGCUUAUACGCUGCUUGGGCAUGGCCCGGAUAUCCCUGAUGCGUUUGCAGCCCAGACCCACAGUGGCAGCCUCCGGGGGACAGGAAGCUGGGUCCAUCUCGAAGCCAACACAACCGGUCAGUCGGUCUUUCGCCUCGCUGCCGCAGGAGCAAGACAAGAAGGAGCAGAAUGCCAGAGAGAGCCUUAACCGCCUGCCUCGCCUAAUGGACUUUCCAGAGAUCGUGUGGCCAUCGGCGCUUAACUCGUUAAAAAAUUGGAUCACCAUACAGUUCAUAAUUCGACCCUACUUCGACAGCGAGUUUCAACUCAAGGACUUCAUAUACGGCGCCAAGCAAGCGCUGCAGGUAGUAUCCUCAAAACUGAUGGGCGGCGACUUAGACUCCCUGGACAAUCUUGUCUCGCCCGAGGCGAUCGCAGAGCUUAGACCGGUAAUCCAAAAACUGUCAAUGACGCAACGGAGGCAGCUAGAAAUCAAGGAGAGCGACAUAUACCUCAGCUUUCCCUAUCAGGUAGGUAUUAUGUUUGACGAUGCAAACGACAAGCUGCAGAAGCGUUUCGUAGAGAUCACCAUGGUGUUUCACGUAAUGCGUGGUCUAUCCGAGAUGCGGGAACGCGGCGAGGAAAUACCCUGGAACAUGGGGACCCUUCCCGAGUACCAGGAUAAGGUUUUCAUCUGCAACUACCGUUUUGUAAAGGAGUUCACCGCUGGACACCAAUCGGACUGGACCGUAAAUGUGGCCAACCAGUUUAGGGCCAUCGACCUUAUUAACGAGACCAUAUAACAUCGGCCCAUGGCUACCAUCAUCCGCGCUGUUCGCCGACUCAUAGCAUAUAUUGGCGUAAGCCACCGCCUUCGUUGGAAUAAAAGUUUCGUUUUCCGCAUUUAGGUAU